CCCUUGAGGCGGUCCCGGGGGGAAUCCGGGGCCGGCGGGGCGGGUGUCGCGGCGGACUUUUGCAAUUGCCCCGGGCAGCAGGGAGAGGGGCCGGGUCGGCUCGGCUCGGGGCUGCGCCCUGCGUGGCGUGCAGCGGCUCCUCUCUGCCUGGUUGCUCGGCUCCGAAUUGCGUUUCAGCCAACGGGACGUCUUCCAAGUCACCGUGCGAGGAUCGCAGUGCUGCCCGCUUGCGUGGCCCGGGGAGCGCCCGGAGCGCGCCCCGGCUUUGUCUCGCCUGCGUCUGGCCAGCGCAAACCUCCGUGCCCUGGGAGCGAGGCGAGGCGCAGCGCUGGUGCCCGCUUCGGUGCGCAGAGGUUUGGGAGCAAGAAUGAGUGGCUUGAUGUCUGCAGUUGAGAUACCUGAAGAGGUUUACUAAAAUACAACAGGUUCACAAGGAAAGCAUUUGGUGAAUAUUUCCGAUGUAGGAAAAAAAGAACGGCACCCAUCAUCUCUUGUUGCCACUAAGCACAAACCUGCUGGACUUUCUCAAACCAUAGAAGCUUGCAUGAACUUCAGCAAACCCCGUUCUCAAUAAGUAAUGUGGAUUUGUAUCUCUGCAAUAUAAACUGCAUUUGAGUCAGGAAAAAGAAGCCCUUUGUAUUACAUGGUCACAAGUCUCAUCUUGAUGUGGGCUGCUCUUUUUCUAUAAAUCAUUUAAAUAUGUUUUGGAAUGACUGGAAUCUAAUGAAGCACAAAAACUGUGUGGGAAUCCUGCAUGUUAGCAUCUCAGCUCCCCUUUCCCCAUGUGUUCUGCAGACUUUAUAAGCUGUAGACGUCAUCAUGGCAUUGUGCAACCUUUUAAGCCAUACAGAAUUAUUGAUCCUUGGUAUCAAAUACAGCUUUACCUCUGAUUUGGAUGGACUGUGAUACAUUAUGUGCUAAUCAAGAUAUCGAGUUUGGAGGAAAAAUGUCCCUUGUCCUUCAGAGACACUACUGACUUCUUACAUGAGGGGGAUGAAGGGUUCAUGGAUAGCCGUGUCUUAUGACCGAGUUUUGUGCAGCAUGUACAUUAGCUUGGAGUUAAGGAUUUCUCUUAAAAUUAAGAUUUGUUGCCGUUUCUGACCUGUCCCAAAGAAGACGUACAAUGGCUCAGACCAGUUUGCUGCAGGGGAAACAGUUUUAUUGUCGAGAGUGGGUUUUUCACAAGCUCCAACAUUGCCUCCAGGAGAAGACCAGCUGCAGCAACAGCGCUGCCAGCAAACCAUCCGUUGUGCUCAGUUCUGGUACCAAUACUUGUGUCGUGCCUGGAAAGGGUGCUGCCUGGGGUGUGUUGUUGGUAGGAGGACCUGGAAGUGGAAAGACAGCCCUUUGGACCGAGUUACUGUGGCCCAGCUCGCCUGCCAGUCUACAGAGAGGUUUACAUCAUCAAGCCCUGGCCUUUCACUUUUGCCGGGCUCAGGAUUCAGACACGCUUUGUGUUGGAGGGUUUAUUAGAGGGUUGGUUGCUCAGAUUGGUCGGAGUGGACUGAUUCCAGGUUAUGAGGACAAACUGAGAGACCCUGCUGUGCAAAGCCUCUUGCAGCCUGGAGAGUGUGAGAGGAACCCUGCUGAAGCAUUUAAAAGGUGCAUUCUGCUUCCCCUUCUGGGUGCCAAGCCUCCCCAGCAAAGUCUCUUCCUCCUCAUAGAUUCAGUGGAUGAGGGCUGUAAUAUUACAGAAGGUGACCAGACGUCUACGGGCUUAUCUGGAACCAUAGCCGAGCUUCUAGCUAGUCACUAUGAAUUUUUUCCUCCAUGGUUGCUGCUCCUGUGUUCUGCCCGGAAGCAGAGCAAAGCUGUGACAAAAAUGUUUACUGGCUUUCGAAAAAUAAGCCUCGAUGAUCUCCGUAAGGCAUAUAUUGUGAAAGAUGUUCAACAGUAUAUACUUCAUCGCUUAGAUCAAGAAGAAGCUCUGAGACAACAUCUCACAAAAGAAACUGCUGAAAUGCUGAAUCAACUUCACAUUAAAAGCAGUGGAUGUUUUCUGUACCUGGAACGUGUCCUAGAUGGAGUAGUAGAAAACUUCAUCAUGUUAAGAGAAAUCCGUGAUAUUCCUGGAACACUCAACGGCCUUUACCUUUGGCUUUGUCAGAGGCUUUUUGUGAGAAAACAGUUUGCAAAGGUUCAACCUAUUUUGAAUGUAAUUCUUGCUGCUUGUAGGCCACUGACUACAAUUGAAUUGUUUCAUGCAGUGUGGACCAAAAACAUGGCGUUGUCUAUGGAGGACUUCCAGCGCAAACUAGAUGUUUUGUCAAAAGUUCUUGUUGAUGGACUGGGAAACACAAAGAUCCUUUUCCACUACAGUUUUGCAGAAUGGUUGCUGGAUGUAAAGCACUGUACUCAGAAAUACUUGUGUAACGCAGCCGAGGGACACAGAAUGCUAGCAAUGAGUUAUACCUGUAGAGCUAAGGAUUUAUCUCCACUGGAAGCUCAAGAAUUUGCUUUGCAUCUAAUUAAUUCUAACUUGCAGUUGGAGACUUCAGAGUUGGCUUUGUGGAUGAUCUGGAAUGGUACGCCUGUCAAAGAUUCUUUGUCAACAUUAAUCCCCAAAGAACAGGAAGUGUUGCAGUUGCUCGUAAAAGCUGGUGCUCACGUCAACAGUGAAGAUGAUCGGACAUCUUGCAUUGUCCGGCAAGCUUUGGAAAGAGAAGAUUCCAUUCGAACCUUGUUAGAUAAUGGAGCUUCGGUCAACCAGUGUGAUUCAAAUGGGAGAACGCUGUUGGCUAAUGCUGCAUAUAGUGGCAAUCUUGAUGUAGUCAAUUUGCUAGUUUCCAGAGGAGCAGAUUUAGAGGUUGAAGAUACACAUGGCCAAACAGCGCUUACUUUAGCUGCUCGGCAGGGACACACCAAGGUUGUCAAUUGUUUGAUUGGAUGUUGUGCUAAUAUAAAUCAUACUGAUCAUGAUGGUUGGACAGCACUGAGAUCUGCAGCUUGGGGUGGGCACACAGAGGUGGUUUCUGCACUCCUUUAUGCUGGAGUGAAAGUCGACUGUGCAGAUGCUGACAGUCGUACAGCCUUGAGAGCAGCAGCCUGGGGAGGGCAUGAAGACAUUGUGCUGAAUCUGUUGCAACAUGGAGCUGAGGUCAACAAAGCAGAUAAUGAAGGCAGAACGGCUUUAAUUGCUGCAGCAUACAUGGGUCAUAAAGAGAUUGUGGAGCAUCUGCUGGACCAUGGUGCAGAAGUAAACCAUGAGGAUGUGGAUGGAAGGACAGCUCUGUCUGUUGCUGCUCUGUGUGUACCUGCUAGCAAGGGGCAUGCUUCAGUUGUGAGCCUUUUAAUUGACCGGGGCGCUGAGGUGGAUCACUGUGACAAAGACGGCAUGACUCCACUGCUGGUGGCAGCCUAUGAAGGGCAUGUAGAUGUCGUUGACUUGCUUCUGGAAGGUGGAGCUGAUGUGGAUCAUACUGAUAACAACGGUCGCACACCCCUUCUUGCUGCAGCAUCAAUGGGCCAUGCUUCAGUUGUAAAUACUUUGUUGUUUUGGGGGGCAGCUGUGGAUAGCAUUGAUAGUGAAGGACGGACAGUUCUUAGCAUAGCCUCUGCACAAGGUAAUGUUGAAGUAGUACGGACUCUGUUGGAUAGAGGGUUAGAUGAAAAUCACAGAGACGAUGCAGGAUGGACACCUUUGCACAUGGCAGCUUUUGAAGGACACAGAUUAAUAUGUGAAGCGCUAAUAGAACAAGGUGCCCGGACAAAUGAAAUUGAUAAUGAUGGGCGGAUAGCUUUCAUAUUGGCAGCCCAGGAAGGUCACUAUGAUUGUGUGCAGACCUUACUGGAAAAUAAAUCUAACAUUGAUCACAGAGGCUAUGAUGGGAGAAAUGCUCUUCGUGUUGCUGCUUUAGAAGGCCAUAGAGAUAUAGUUGAGCUGCUCUUCAGUCAUGGAGCUGAUGUGAACUACAAAGAUGCUGAUGGCCGGCCAACGCUUUACAUUUUGGCUCUAGAAAACCAGCUAACAAUGGCUGAAUAUUUUUUAGAAAAUGGUGCAAAUGUAGAAGCAAGUGAUGCUGAAGGAAGGACGGCUCUUCAUGUUUCCUGCUGGCAGGGCCAUGUAGAGAUGGUACAGAUGUUGAUGACGUACCAUGCCGAUGUGAAUGCAGCAGACAAUGAGAAGCGAUCAGCUUUACAGUCUGCGGCAUGGCAAGGCCACGCCAAAGUAGUUCAGCUUUUGAUCGAGCAUGGAGCCCUGGUUGAUCAUACGUGUAAUCAAGGUGCUACUGCACUCUGUAUUGCGGCCCAAGAAGGGCACAUUGAUGUUGUGCAGCUAUUACUGGAACACGGUGCUGAUCCAAAUCACGCCGAUCAAUUUGGGCGCACAGCUAUGCGUGUGGCUGCAAAAAACGGGCACACACAGAUAAUUAAAUUACUCGAAAAAUAUGGUGCUUCUACUCUAAAUGGCUGCACUCCUUCUCCAGUCCAUACAAUGGAGCAAAAACCUUUGCAAUCAGUAUCUUCAAAAAUGCAGUCCUUAACAAUAAAAUCAAAUAGUUCAGGGAGUACUGGAGGAGGAGAUGUGCAGCCCGCUUUGCGUGGCUUGUCGAAUGGGCCGGGUCAUGCUUUUAGUUCUCCUUCUGAAUCUCCCGAUUCUACAGUUGAUCGGCAGAAGUCCUCUCUAUCCAAUAAUUCCCUGAAAAGCUCAAAAAACUCUUCUCUUCGCACCACCUCAUCUACAGCAACUGCCCAGACUGUGCCUAUUGAUAGUUUCCAUAGUAUGUCCUUUACAGAACAAAUACAGCAGCAUUCAUUGCCUCGCAGUAGAAGUAGGCAGUCCAUUGUUUCACCUUCUUCCACUACUCAUUCCUUAAGUCAGAAUCAUAGUUCACCAAACAGUGAAUUUGAGUGGAGUCAAGUGAAACCCAGCUUGAAAUCAACAAAAGCAAACAAAACAGGGAAAACAGAAAACUCCAGCAAAUCUGCAGGGAAAAAAGUGAAACAGAGCACAGCUUCUCAACCAAAAGUCCUAGAAUAUGAAAUGACUCAGUUUGAUAAACGAAUACCUGUUGCCAAAUGUGGGGCCAGUAUGCCACUUAAAUCAAUGCCUAUGGACACUCAGUGCAAAAUUUUUGUCCCUCCAGCCCAGCAGGAAGUCUGCCGAUCACAACAGCAGUUCCUGAUCCACCAACAGAGUGGGGAACAGAAAAAGAGAAAUGGAAUAAUGACAAAUCCAAACUACCAUCUUCAGAGCAAUCAGGUGUUUCUUGGCAGAGUUUCUGUCCCACGAACAGUGCCAGAUCGGGGGCACCAAGAGGUUUUGGAGGGCUAUCCUUCUGCAGAGACAGAGCUAAGCCUCAAACAAGCCUUAAAACUUCAAAUUGAGGGGAAUGACCCGAGCUUCAACUACAAGAAGGAAACACCAUUAUAAGAGGAUGGUUCCAUGACACCAUGAAUUGAAUGAAGAGCUUCUUCCUGCAACAAUUUGUCAACUGGGCUGGGAUUAAAGCAUGUCUUGCUUGUCGAACCACCAUGAAAAUUAUGGAUGUGAUCACUGCAGUUACUUUGAUUACUGUGAUGUGCCUAAAAGUUUAAGGCUGCCUUCUUAGUGUAACCACCUGUGCUUCAGAAAUUUUAUUUUGUGUAUUUUGUACUUAAUACACAGAAUAAGCACUUUUACUUUCUUAGUAGCAGAACAAUAUAUGCUGUCCUUCUCUGACACAGCUGAAAAAAAUUGUAAGUGCUAGGAAUUUUGAAUUUCUUGUUCAAGAAAGCUUGAUUGAUGUGCACAUGCCACAGUGAAUCGUGUGCUGAGAGGCAAUGCUUUCCGUAUUUAUUUUGUAUUCAUGUGGCAAAAGAAUGUUGAAAGUCAGCAAAAGAUGAGAAGUGUCCUGUGCCUCCUUAAAGAUGAACCACUUUUAAUAUCCAGCAUUAUUAAAGUCCUGUUGAACCAAAGCUGACUGCUUUGCAGCACUUCUGAUGUAGGUCCUUCUGCCUGCAUCAGCAGUGCUGUGGCCUGAGUUUGCAGUAGUUCGAUUCUAGGGUCCCACAGGACUUCUGUCUUUUGCUGUAGCACACAAGGGACAGGUUCACAUGUUCAGAAACCACACCCAGGUUCUCAGUUAUCCCCAGAUACAGCAGUGCCAGAACAGCAGCGGUGUACACAACGUUGGCAGGUUAGAAACCACUUCUGCAGUCCCAGAUGUAAAUGCCAGAUCAUGUAGCUGUGGAGAAGUUGGUUCACUCAUUCUUCUCCAUGAGAUCAUGAACACACCAACACCACACACAAUGCUGAUCCUAACAGGGCUACUCUCUACACUUUCAUUUGCAUUGCCAUUGGGUACAGUCAGUUUCCUGUGUAGUUCAAAAUAUUCUCUCAAGCAAAUCUUGUGACAGUGUUGGCUAAAGUACAGUACUUGUGUUUACGUCUGGUCAGUAGUGGAGGGGAAGACAGUAGCACAAUUCUCCACACGUACCACUCAUUGUAAAGUGUAUCCAAUAAGGCAGCAGUGCUUAGUACUUAGGAAUAGUUCUCACAUCACCCACUUAAUUAUAUUAAUUCAACCCUCCACUGCCUACAUUAUCAGGCAAGAGCUCAAGCACAUGCUUCUUCAGCCAGUACCAUGCCUAGCUCCAGGUUCCUUGGGAAAGGACAGCUAUCGCACUGUUUUGCACACAGAGGGUGUCAUCUUAAUUCCCUGGGAUAUUGGCCAAUCCUAAGAGCACUUUCCUGGAAAUAAGCCUCAUUGAAUGAAAUAGGGCUUACUUCAGAGUAGACCUGAUAAAAAGUUCUCCCAGUUAUUUACCCAACUCAGUGAUGUUCACUCGGUGGCUUAGGAGUCACAUGUGGCUCUUUGAUGUGAGACUUGUGGCUCUUCGGAGCAUUGUUCCUCAGUAUGGCACCUGCCCCAUUUUUCAGAAAAGUGGGCAAAGCCAUUACUGAAUAGGGCUUAGGGUUGGUGGGUGGUUUCCACUUUGAAACAGUGGUUGCUGGAAGAACAUGUAAGCUGUGAGCCUCCCUGAGGUGCAAGUAUCAUGGCGGGGUGGAAGUCAAUGUGGCUCUUUAGGCUGAUGUCCUUUGCACGUGUGGCUCUCUGAGCCAUGGAGUGAGUACCACUGACCUAACAAGACUGGGGAAGUUCCCUGAGACCCUUGUGAGCAAUGGCCUGUUUGAGUUGAUUGUGCUGUUCUGAAAGGUCCUGUAGUCUGACACUACAUAAAGCAGCAUCAUAUGCUCCUAAAAUAUUGUAAAACUAGAUUUUACAUACCCAUAAAACUUCAGUUGCUUCUUUUUCAAAUGUAAAUAAAACAUUUUCUGUAGUUGGAGCUUAAUAGAUGUAUAUAAAAAAAAGUGUCCAUAUAAUAUAUAUAUAUGGCAAGAGUCACCUGGGAAAGAACACAGUUUUAUCUCCAAUAUGUCCCUUGGUCCACCCCUUUAAUUGCUCCCAUACAGGUUGCUGUUCAUUCCUGGAGUGGAAGAGGGGAUCGAACUUGAGGAUGUUGCUGAUUGAUCAAAAACUGCUCUUCACCUUGACACUGGAUGGCCUGCCUUCACCGCAAGUGUGCACAAAGUCACGUUUAAACCAUUUCAGUAUCCCUAAAGCCCAGGCAAGCCCAGUCUCAUCAGAUCUCAGAAGCUAAGCAGGAUCGGCCUUGGUUAGUCAUUGAAUGGGAGACUUCCAAAGAAGACCAUGACCACCAUGCAGAAGCAGGCAGUGACAAACCACCUCUGUUAGUCCCUUGCCUUAAAAACCCCAGCAGAGGUUGCCCUAAGUCGGCUAUGACUCAACAGCACUUUCCAGCACCAAGGCAUACCACACAUGUACAUUCAGUUCCCGCAAUAUGCCAGACCUCCUCAGGAAGCUAACUUGCCUAUCAUAACAACAGACAUAUUGCUAUUUACUUGUAAUUCUGAGAUGAGUUGUUCCCACCUUUUGGGAGACUUGUAAAAUAAAUACUUGGGUACUCUUGCAGAUAGUUUCAAGAAUGUCGUUAAUGGCUUUAGUAAGGGUGCCAAAAUGUACUGCCAGCUUGUUCUGAACCUCAAGUACUGGGCGUUUGCAACACCGCACAAGAAUAAAGCUCUUCUUUCUUAGCAGACAUACGUUAUAAUUUGCAGCAAGACACCCCGAAAGAUUGCUUUCAUCUGCUGCUGAGAUUGUAUUUAUUUAAUUGUAUUGCUUUAUUACAUUGUGUAUCUUGUGAAUAGGGGAUAAAACUUCUGGCUGUUUUCACAAGGAGGCUAUAUGUUGCAAAAAGCUUCAUGUCUUCACCAAAAUAAUACUGACAUUAAAAUGAGCUUGUCGGGUUAAACAUUCCUAUGCACAGAAAUCAGCUAAACAGAAGUCCCACGGAUAUCUUCCAGAAUCCAAAUGAAAAGUUCCUGCACAGUUUCAGUGAUGCUUUGGAAUACAGCAUGCUUUUUCUCUGUUAGAAGUAUCCCUUUGACAAGAGUGUGAGAUUGUUUCGCAUUGCUUUUAGUUUUUCGUUUUAAUAUAUUGCAACUCUCAAAAAUUCAUCAUCUUAAAAUGACAGUUCUGGAUUUUUCUUUAAAAAAUGUGACUUCUGGGUGUGGUUCAGUUCUGCUAAAUCAAGACUUGGCAGGGCUGAUCAGUUGUGACUGAACUGAAUUUUAAACCAUUUGCCUCCACCAUUCCAUAGCUCGCUCUAUGUCUUGUCCUCUUUUUUUAUCUUUUCCAAAGCUAUCACAAAGGGUAGUAGAGAAGGGGUCCCAGUUUAUGACUGGAAGCAUUCAUAGCUGUACCACGUGUGCCAAGGAAGCUGCCUUAAAAGGGAGGUAAAUGGCAAAAUUGUCUAUCUAAAACCAACAAUGUUAUGGUAUAGUUUAUCCCCUUUAUCCCUUGUCAAGGUCAGUAUUUGAAAACAACUUUGAUUUACUUAACCACAUAGUUUUCUUUUGUCUGUUAUGCUGCUAUGCAAAUAUCUGUUGAUGCUCGACAUCCUCCAUUGGAACUCUUCAAAUAACUUGGUGCACAAAUAAGACUGUUUUUUUUCCUGGACUGGGUUGUAAAUAGCCUAUAAUGUACAUUGAAUUUCACAUUGUAAAAUUUUUAUUUUAUUUCUUGUAUUAUAUUAAGCAAAAAUCCCUAUGUAUAUGAAAGUGCAUAAUAAAUAUAUUUGCUUUUCAGCACA